UGGCCGAGAAGGCGGCGGCGGCGGCGGCGGCGGCAACCGGGCUGAGGUAACCGGCCUGAGAGUACUCUCUGGUCCGCUACCUGUUACUAUGAGUCUGCUACACAGUGACAGCAGCUUUGAAGCCAGUGGUCAGGAUAGCGGCUGCUGUGCAGCUAUGGCCAGCCUUUGCAUUGCUGGAGCCAAAGAGAAGAGCAUCAACACCAGUGUCAGCAACGGCACCGGGGGGACACUUUCAAACUCUUUCAUGGAAGAAAUCCAGGGCUAUGAUGUGGAGUUUGACCCUCCGCUGGAAAGUAAAUAUGAAUGCCCAAUCUGUCUGAUGGCUCUCCGGGAGGCAGUGCAGACACCAUGCGGACACCGUUUCUGCAAAGCUUGCAUUGUCAAAUCCAUAAGAGAUGCUGGUCAUAAAUGUCCAAUCGACAAUGAAAUUUUACUCGAAACUCAACUCUUUCCUGACAACUUUGCAAAACGGGAAAUCCUAUCGCUGACGGUGAAGUGUCCCAACAAGGGCUGUCAUCAGAAGAUGGAACUCAGGCAUUUAGAGGACCAUGAGCUGCAUUGCGGCUUUGCUCCAGAGAAAUGUCCCCAGUGCCAUGGCAUUUUCCAAAAAAAUCAGAUACAGGAUCAUAUAAAGCAAGAAUGCCCUCGACGACAAACCUCCUGUCCAAACUGUGCCAUGUGGAUGCCUUAUGAAGAAAAAGAGGUUCAUGACCAGAUGUGCCUUUUAGCAAAUGUCAGCUGUGAAUACUGCAAUACAGUGCUAAUCAGAGAACAGCUUCCUAAUCACUACGAUAACGAUUGCCCAACUGCUCCAGUACCGUGUACAUACAGCCCCUUUGGAUGUCCAGAAAAAAUGCAGAGAAAUGAGUUGGCACGGCAUAUGCAGGAGUUCACCCCAGUCCAUAUGAGAAUGAUGGCUCAGACUCUCCUGAAUAUCACUAAUUUCCAUGGCGCUAUCCCAUAUGACCCGUCACCUUCCUGUGAAUGUACCCCAGAGGUCCAAAACUUCAAGGAGACGAUUCAGCAACUGGAAGGUCGCUUGGUAAGGCAAGAUCACCAGAUCCGAGAACUCAUAGCAAAGAUGGAGACACAAAACAGCCAGAUGGUAGAUCUCAAACACACUAUCCAAAAUCUGGAGGAAAAAAUUGCAGAAAUGGAAUCACAGCAGUGUAAUGGUAUUUUUCUGUGGAAGAUUGAGAAUUUCAGUGUUUACUUGAGAGCCCAAGAAGAAAGGCCUGUUGUAAUCCACAGCCCAGGCUUCUACACAGGGAAACCCGGCUACAAACUUUGCUUGCGGCUGCAUAUCCAGUCGCCAAAUGCACAGCGCUGUGCCAACUAUAUUUCCCUUUUUGUUCAUACGAUGCAAGGGCACUAUGACAGCCACCUGCCCUGGCCCUUCCAAGGCACCAUACGGCUUUCUAUCCUGGAUCAGUCAGAAGGAUCGUCAAGGCACAACCAUGAGGAAGUGAUGGAUACCAAGCCCGAGCUGCUCGCUUUCCAGCGUCCCACGGUCGAGCGCAACCCAAAAGGCUUUGGAUAUGUGACGUUUAUGCAGUUGCAGGCGCUAAAACAAAAAACAUAUAUAAAGGAGGAUACUAUCCUAGUGCGCUGUGAGGUCAUAACACGCUUAGACUUUAACAGUCUCCGAAGGGAGGGUUUUCAGCCUCGUAGUACUGAUGGGACGGCAUAAGCCACCAUGCUUCAGGUUUGAGCUUUUGCUGGUCAACUGUGGUAAGGGCUGCAGAUGAAUAAAGAGAUUCAUCAGAAUGGCAGAUCCUUGAAGCAGAACCAAAACUGCCAUUCUGAGAUGCUUUUCAGAGCAUGGAAAGUGUUUCCUCUUUGAGUUAUUUGUAUUCGAAGUGGUAAAGACGGCAUCCUGAUGGUCUAAAUAAGUAAGCUAAAUAACUAUGCUAUGACUGGUAUGUUACCAAAAGUUAAUAAAGCUAUGCAGUACCAUUUUUAGGAUAGCAGA